AUGUCAAACACGUCCACGGCCGGUACUCUCGUUGGACAGCAGAUGGUGAAAGAACUGUCGCUCAUGCAACUCGAACAGGCUCGGUCGUGCAUAUGCGAUCCAGGAUGGAAAUCUGAUGACUGCGGGCAACUUGAUCUGAUGCCGGCGACCAGAUGGACAGGCUAUAAUUACACCAACGUCACACUUCCCGAUUACUACAGCACCAAAGGAGGGAACUCUUCAUGGGGUGGCCAAAUAAUCCAGGACAGGCAGGAAAAGCAGCUUUUCCACGUGGUUAUCUCACAGUUCGCACGCGGCUGCGGACUCUCUGGUUGGAGACCGUUUUCCACUGUGAUCAGGGCAGAGUCCAGGACUGGGCCACUUGGCCCCUACCACUAUGCUCAGGAACUACUUGGCCCGUUCCGCCACAACCCGACGACUAUCUGGAGCCCUGCAGACAAUCAGUACCUGCUAUACACUAUCGGAAUACAGACUGAAACACCGACAACCUGUAAAUCAUAUAAGUGGGCCAACAACAUAUCAGUCUCGAGUGCCCCGGAUAUCCGUGGGCCCUGGUCUGCUCCGCAGGUGCUGAUCAACGGCACCAACCCGACACCCUGGCCGCUGUGGACCGCAGAAGAUCCCACAUCAGAAAUGAUACUCGGCGCCGAGGACAACAAGAUCUUCGCGGCCGAUACCUUCUCCGACCCGUAUAGCCUCAUCAAGACGAUGCCCUGGAACACGUCCGACUACAGCGACCAUUGGACCGAAGACCCCUUCCUGUGGCGUGAUAAGCGAGGGAACUGGCAUAUCCUGUGCCACUGGAUGAUCGACAUUGCCGAGAGAGGCGAGAAGUACCCACGGGUUGGGGGCCACUUGUUCUCCCGCAGCCUGACAGGGGACUGGACGUUCAAGCUGCAGGCGGCGUACAACACGACUGUUGAGUUCACUGACGGAGGGAGGACGGACUACUACCGCAGAGAACGGCCCAAGCUGUUCUUCAGUGAUGAUGGGCAGCUUACACCGCUUUACCUCGUCAACGGCGUGCAGCAGUUCAAUAGCUCGGCUAGCUACACGCUGAUCCAGCCGAUCGGGAAGGGCGCGGAGACGUUUGCGAGAGGAUUGGGCUUUUAG